UCCAUCCCUCUACCUGCCUAGCUUUCCCAGCAGAAGACGUGGGUUGUUCCAGAAGUCUCCAGCCAUCUGCCCACUUGCCAGGGAUUCUCUGGGGCAGCUAUGAAGUCCUUUGUUUUGCUCCUUUGCCUUGUUCAGCUCUGGGGCUGCCACUCGGCCCCCUAUGCCACGGGGCUGGGUUAUAGGGACCCGGCUUGUGACGACGCAGAGACUGAGCAGGCGGCCCUGGCAGCCGUGAAUUACCUCAAUCAGCAAGUUGCUCGGGGCUUCAAGCACAGUCUGAACCAAAUUGACAAGGUCAGGGUGUGGUCUCGGCGGCCUUUCGGAGAGGUGUAUCAUAUUGAAAUCGACACGCUGGAGACCGUCUGCCACGCCUUGGACCCCACACCCUUGGAGAACUGCCCUGUGAGACAGAUAUCCCAACAUGCAGUGGAAGGAGAUUGCGAAAUGCAAGUGCUCAAACACGACGGCCAGUUUUCCGUGCUGUUUGCAAAAUGCCAUUCCACUCCAGACUCCGCGGAGGACGUGCGCAAGGUGUGCCCCGUCUGCCCCCUGCUGGCGGAGGUGAACGACACCAAGGUGGUGCACGCGGCCAACGCCGCCCUGGCCUCCUUCAACGCGCUGCACAACGGCUCGCACUUCCAGCUGCUGGAAAUUUCCCGCGCUCAGCUCGUGCCUCUGCCAGUAUCUACCUACGUAGAGUUUGCAGUGGUCUCCACUGGCUGUGUCGCUGGAGAGGGCACAGAUGCAGCCUGCUCCCAGCCUGUGAAAAAGCAACAUGGCUUCUGUAAGGCGACGCUCACUGAGAAGCUUGCUGGGGAAGAAGUUCAGGUGGCCUGCACCAUAUUCCCGACACAGCCUGUGGCCCUGCAGCCUCAGCCAGAUGCCCCCACCCUGGCAAGCCCAACCCCUGCGGCGGAUCAAGCUGCGUCUCCGCCCCUUGUACCUAGCUUUUCAGGAGCUGCCAUCGUGGUGCCACCCAUGAUGGUGUCGCUUCCACCCCCGGUGCACCGGAAACACUAUGACCUGCGUCACAGCUUCGCAGGUAUGGACUCUGUGGAGUCAGCCUCAGGAGAAGCAUUCAAACCAAAGGAAAAACCUGCAGUGACAGAGCCUGUCAUUGGCGGUAGUGCUGUCCCAGUGCCUGCUCGAUGCCCUGGGAGGAUCAGACACUUCAAGAUCUAGCCUAGACACAGCAGAGAUGAGAAGGCUGGGCACAGAGAACACAGCUACUAUUCUGUCCACGUCUGAGCGUGGGUAGGAGCCUUGCGCAUUGUCAGAGCAAGCGCCACAUGUGUCUAGAGUAAUAGCGAGUCCUGAAUCCCAACUUCGCUUCAUUCUUUGGGGGAUAGAAGCAGACAGGGUGAUGGUUCUGUUGGACGGAAAGCAUAAGGCCCACAGCUUGGUUGUUACCGAUUUGCUGAUAAACCACUGCCAUGGUGUUCUCUGCCUUCUCGUUGACCUCAUACACACAGUUGGACUGUGACUUUAAAUGGUGCUCUUGCCCAGUUUGUAUCUGCCUACUAAUAAAGCGCCUGAAGGACCUUCCCUCA